AUGGCAGCCUACGUUGCAUAUGUCGACUGGGUAGUCGAGUGCUAUCCCGCUGGGAGCAAUUCCGAGAGCGGAUUGGUUCCCCUCUUGGAGCGCGCAACUCGCGAAUUCCGGGAAGAUCCACGAUAUAUCAAUGACCUGCGUUAUUUAAAGCUAUGGAUUUGCUAUGCAGGAAUAGUAGAGAAGCCAGAAACCAUUUAUGCAUAUUUACUCGCAAACGAUAUAGGGUCAGUUUGGGAGUUAUUUUACACUGAAUACGCGAACACUUUGGAAAGGGGUAGCAACAUGAGAAAAGCAGAUGAAAUUUACCAAUUGGGUAUUGCCCGUAAAGCAAAGCCUCUUAAACGCCUCCAGCAGCGCUAUGAAGAAUUUCAGAAGCGUAUGCUAGCUGCACCCGCGGGGUCAAGCACGGAUAUAGAUGAAGUAAUGGCACCAGCACCUGCGGCUCCCACAGCUCGCAAAGUCCUUGGCGAACGCACCAAAGCCACGAGUUCGGCUGAUAGUGACCCAUUCGUAGUUUCAUCCUCCUCAACCCGCGCUAAUAACAAUGGCGCUCGAAUACCUGUGUUCCGAGAUGCUGAUCAGCCAGAAUCUGGGAUUCAGACGAAUGAGUGGGCAGAUGUUGGAACGCGCGACAGCAGGCGCAAGGAGAACCAUUCGGAUGGAAAGAGUUGGCAGGGUGAGACGUUGCCACAACUAAAGCACGGUGUUUUCACACCCAAGACCCCCAAGAUCGAGGUCUAUCGAGACACCGAAGAUCCUGCUGGUUCACGCACGCCUCACGCCCCAAGGCCAGGACAUGAAGAUGUAUUCGCGCCAUCGCUCCAACCCAAAGAGUCAGAAGCGCUGCGUCAAAAUCCUUUCAAAAAUUGGGACAGCGCUCCUUCCAAGCAACCCGCUGCCGGCCCAUCCAAAGCACCUCUUGGUUCAUCGACUUCUACUGGAGCUACCGCUUCAUCUUCUACUCCUCAACCUUUAUCCUCGAACUCUGAUCCUCCACCGUCUUGGCCAAAGCCCAAGCCCCUCAAUCCACUCCCGUCCCUCCCGAAACGGUUACGCAAUCCUGCUCCUGCUCCUGGCAAGAAAGCUGAACAAAUCUGCCUUCCUCUCGCACGACUGCAAGCAUCUGGCUCGGGCUCGGAAGAGUAUAGCCCUGAUGAGGCUCGAGCAAGGGCGCUUGGAUUGCUGGGCAAGAAGUGGGCACCACCUCCAGUCGUUGUGGCCGUACCCGUCCGAGAUGAUACUGCGCGCGCCCGGACGAAUGAUGUAACAGGAAAGGGAGGCAAGAAGGACAAGGAACGCACAAUGACGAUGACGAUGGCGGGCGAGCCUACAGUGACAGUAAACACUCGUGCCGCAUUGGGAGACGUAUUCGAGAUGUUCAAUACCUCACCUGGAAGGGAAAAGGCAAGGGCAGAUACAAUCGAAGAAGAAGACGAGGGAGAAGAAGCACUACGACCUCCAUUGUCGAUGAUGCAACUGUCUGAAGGCCACAAAGCACCUCCAACGCCAACUCCGACUACAGGUUCCUUGCGUAAAUCAGAAAAUCCCAAUCAUCCACCAGUUCCAUACUUUGAGAUUGGAAAAAAUGGAGGGUUUAUUGAUUCAGCUUCAAGUGAGAACGCCAGAACGUCGAGCGGAAUUGUGCCGAAGGCAAACGAGAACGCGCCAAAUGAAAAUGUCUUCCGUGCAGGUAGCGAGAAUGGCCCCGGGCUUGCAGCGCGUGCACCCAGUGCGAAGAUGUCCAUUUUCGUCGAUGAGCCAGCGACAGCUACCAAGGCCAAAAUUCCCGUGUUUCGCGAUGAACCUGGCCCUAACGUACCUCCGGCUGGACCAAAAAAUGUGCUGAAAACCAAAUCGUUCACGCCUUUCGUCGAUCCUCCGGCUGAGGAGACACCUGCAGAGUCUGUUACUCCAGGCAGACCACUGAAGGCAAAGGCUUUUGCACCUUUUGUAGACCCUCCGGCCGAACCAAAGACACCAAAAUCGUUUGCUGUGUUCCAGGACGAGGAAGAAAUUGCCUAUUCAAGCUCGAGUGGUUCAAAGUUUACGCUCAAUCCACCCCCUCAGCUGCCUGAUCAUGAAGAGUACGAUGAGCCGGCCGACGAGGACGAUGAUGACGAUGCGCGAUACGUUCCUAUGGGUGGUCGACUAGGUCACUUUAACGUGAUGACACCCAUAACCGAGCGUACAUGUGAAUUCACGACUACUAUGCGAGCUGCUGGGUCAUGGAGAAAUGAAAUAGCCGAGGAGCCAUUAGCAGAAGCCGAAGAAGAGAUGAAGGACGUAGCUCUCGAGCCAAUCAAUCCAUUCAGCCCGGAGCUUUUACAGGAUUUGAUAACACAAGUACCGGUGCCUCCGUCCGUCCAAGACUUGACGCACAUUCAGGCGGACCAAGUCAACGCGCUGAUCAAAUUUGGAAAGAGCAAAAAAGGGGACGAGUUGCCGAUUACACUGGGCGAAGCUGACGAAUACUCAGUCGUGGCCAAGAUCGGCGAAGGAGGGUACGGAGCUGUAUUUUUGGCCAUGUAUAUGCCUGAGGACGAAGAGGAAGAGGACAGCGGGUUCGUAGAUGACGAUACGUCUGUAGCCAUGAAAGCCGUUCGCCCUGCAGACCGGUGGGAGUACACAGUACUCUCGAGGCUACGAGCUGCGCUGCCUCAGCAUUUACUCUCGAGCGUUAUUCGACCUCGACGAUUAUACCACUAUCAAGACGAAAGCUUUCUAAUCAUGGACUAUUGUGGCCAGGGCUCCCUUCUCGACACUGUGAACCGCUCAGUAUCAUGCGGUUUCUCUCCCGCUAACACCGCGCAUCCCGGGCUAGACGAAUUGCUCGUCAUGUUCUUCACCAUCGAACUCCUACGCCUCAUUUCAGCCAUGCAUGCGGCUGGAUUCGUCCAUGGCGACUUGAAGAUCGACAACUGUCUCCUCCGGACCGAAGAUGUGCCCGACGAAGCUCGUGUCUGGAGUUCGAAAUACGACCCCUCAGGCGGACACGGGUGGUCAUACAAGGGGAUACGGAUGAUUGACUUUGGUCGCGGGAUCGAUAUCAACUUGUUUCAGCCCGGUCAGACGUUUGUCGGCAACUGGCCGACAGACCAACGCGACGCCGCCGAACUUCGCGAAGGUCGCCCGUGGACGUUCCAGACAGAUUACUUUGGACUGGCGGGAAUCGUGUAUUGUAUGUUGUUUGGCAAGUAUAUCGAAACGGUGCCGUACCAGGACGGAGAGCGGACCAAGUACAAGAUUAACAUGACCCUCAAGCGGUACUGGCAGACGGAGAUUUGGUCGACGUUGUUUGACAUUCUCUUAAAUCCAACGACCAUAGACCGGAUGGAGAUAUGCCUUUGA